AUGAAGUUCACAAAUAUCAUAAUCUCUCUAGGUUUAGCAUCUACAUCAUUGGCCGUGGUUAGUAACUCAAGUUCUGCUACCGUGGAACCAGCUGCCCCAUAUGCUCCCUCCUCUUCCCUUUCCUCUUCCUCUUCCUCAUCCUCAUCAUUGGUCGAGGUUACUACUCUAGAGUCCACAACCGCAGCUGCCAACACGACAAGCACAACUCCAGAAGUUCCAGCCACCACAGCUCCAGUCGUUACCUCUUCUGAAGUGCCAAUCUUCAGCAGUGCAAACAGUACCACUCCAGUUACUACCCCAGUUACUACUCCUCAAACACUUCAACCAACUUCUCAAUUCACAAACUCUACUACUUUGGUCACUGAUGUCUCCGUGGUCACCGCUUUGACUACUUACUGUCCAGAACCAACUACUUUUGAACAAAAUGGUAAGACUUACACCGUUACUGCCCCAACCACUUUGACCAUCACAGACUGCCCAUGUACUGUCACAUACACUACUGAAACUGAAAUUGUUACUGCUUACACUACCUACUGUCCAGAACCAACUGAAAUCGUUCAAAACAGUAAGACUUACACAGUCACUGCUCCAACAUCUUUGACUAUCACUGAAUGUCCAUGUACCAUUGUUAAGACCAAGGCUGUCGGCCCAUCUCAAUCUCCAGUGAAGGCUUCCUCGUCUUUGGCCGCUGCUAAGCCAUCUUCUUCUGUGGCUGCCGCUAAACCUUCUUCUUCUCACAGUGUCAUCAUUAACCCUAACGCUGCCGCUAACGUCGCUGUCCCAUCCGUUUUCGCUUUGAUCUCUGGAUUAUUCAUGUUCUUGUAA